AUGUCUAUGGAAAACAAUACUGCAUUGUUACAAAAUCCAGAAGUCUUGAUGAAAAGGAAAGUUAUGGCUAUUGAGAAGAUCAAUGCAUAUAUGCAAAAAUUGGAAACGAUGGAAAAGAAAUUUGACCCAUUACCUCAUUUUACUUUGCAUAAUGUGUUAUCUCAAAUUUCUCCACAAUUUUAUUCCAAAGAUGAGUUAGCACAAAUAGAGAAAAUCAAUCAAAUUUUACGUCAAGAAGCAAAUCUCCCUCUUAUCUCACAAAGUAAAGUGAAAAGAAUAGAAGUCAACAACAAAAAAAGAUAUCACUCAAGUAAUGAAGAUAUCAUAUCCGAUGGGGAAAGAAAAGUGAAAUCAAAGUCCGUAAUUAGGAGAAAGUCAAUAAUUCGUAGGGAAGAAACAUUGUUAUCACCACCACCACCAGAUUUGCCUAGUCAUGUUAAUAACAUGAUCAAAGUAUUGAAUGGUAGUGAUAUUAAAUAUAUCAUGUGUAAGGAAUUGUUUAAGUCCGAUCUCAACUAUAACCUCAAGCGUCUUUCAAUGCCUAUUGCAAAAGUUAAGUCUGAUUUUCUUACGGAAAUAGAAAAGGCAACAUUAGAAACAAGGGAUCAAGAAGGAAAACCAAUUGGUUUAAAAGUGACGGUGUUAGAUCCUUGUUUUAAUGAAUUCUCAUUGUUUUUGAAGAAGUGGAAUAUGAAGACUACUGGUAUUUACAAUCUUGUUCAAGAUUGGACACUAGUUUUAUUAAAGAAUAAUUUUAAAGAGAAUCAAAUGAUCGAUAUUUGGUCAUUUAGGGUUAACAACAAAUUGUACCUUUUACUCAAUACUAAUGAGUUGCAAGAAGUAGAAGAAAGUGUUAAACUGAACAAUUCAACUGUGAUUUCGAAAACAGAAGAAGAUCAAAAAAGUCAAAGGGUGAAGAUUGUUAACUCAUAA